AUGGAUGACAAACCCUCAAAAGUCUGCAAAAUAGGCGUAUUUCAACAAUUAGUCUAUAGCGGUGACUAUGAUGUGGUUUGUGUUUGCGAAACCUGGCUCAACGACUCGGUCCUUGACAGUGAACUGUUAGCAGGUUAUUCCAUCUUUCGUCGAGAUAGACUGGGAAGAACGGGAGGAGGCGUUCUAGUUGCGGUAAAAGACACUAUUCGCACAAAAGAAAAAAAAAGAAAUAAUGUUGAAUUUGUCGUAGUAGAACUUUUCCAAGAGAAUAUGAAAUCAAUCUUACUUUACACUUUCUAUCGUCCUCCGAAUUCUUCGUUGGAUUCCAUACAACAACUAAAUUCCUCACUUGAUGACAAUCUUGAGUCCGCCUGCGUUCUUCUUACUGGGGAUUUCAACCUUCCUGCGAUCGACUGGUCUCUGGAUCAUCCAAGCCCAACUAGCGCCGGAGGUCAUUUGGAAGACAAGUUCUGUGAGUUAGUUGGUGAUUAUUACCUUGAACAAUUAAUAUCCGGUCCUACCCAUCGUGAUGGUAAUAAACUUGAUCUACUGCUCUGCAACUACCCUGAAAUUAUUAUAGGAAUGUAA